AUGGAUUCUAUACAACAGAAUGAUUCAUUUACAAUAAGAGAAAACUUGUAUACUUUGGUGAAAGAGAUUGAGCGACAUGCACAGUAUCUCAGUAACCUACCGGAUCUACAGACUCUGGGUAUCAUGUUCCCAAAGAUACGAAGUUAUAUUAGCAAUAAUCUAGAGUUGCAAAGAGAACUAAUGAUAUCACACAAGUUUAUUGAAGAGAUUAACAAAGACUACAAUUAUCUUUCAAUUCCCGAUCUAUUUAUAAAUCAUAAUCAAUAUCAACCUUAUCAUCAACAACAUCAACAGCAAUACAAUAAUAAUAAUACUAAUAAAACAAUAACUCAUCAUCCUUCACCUUCUUCUUCUUCUUCAUCAUCUCUUCCACCUCCAUCACCUUUUAAAUCGACAUCUACAUCAUCGACAUCAUCGACAUCAACUACAACAACAAACUCCUCUACAGAUCCACAAUUAAAUGUGAAUCAAAAAAGAGUUUAUUCAGAACCAACAGGUUAUGUAGAACCUCAAACUUUUAAAAGGUUGAAUACUACUACUACUACUACCAAUUCACCUCCUCCUCCUCCUCAACAAGAACAACAAUUGUUUACACCACAAAAAAAGAAAACAACAACUCAAAUACCAUCCUCUCCAACUGUUAUUACUCCUUUACCAAUUGUUGCUAGUCCAUCAUCAUCAUCAUCAGCUGCUACGACUACCACAACUUCUACGACGACGACUACAACGACACCACCAGUUAGAGAUGAAAAUUAUAUACCAUCAAACGAUGACCCAGACUUUUAUGGUGAAAGAAUUGGAAAUGAAUACAUUGAUGAACCAACAUUGGACCAAAAAAAUAGGAUUGCUAGAGCACUCAGAGAAGAUAUUAAAUUGGAACAAACAUUUCUACCAGAUUAUGUACAAUCGACUCAAGGUUUUAAAAUUGUUGGUUCAACUUCAAAUUAUGAUGUAAAGAUUGCAACAGUGCCACAUUGUACCUGUCAAGAUUUUGGAAAACAUAGGUUUUGUAAACAUUUAUUAUUCGUAUUACUCAAAGUAUUGGGAUUAUCAUUAAAUUCUUAUAUACUCUAUCAACUUGCCUAUACCAAAGCUGAAGUUAAAUAUUUGUUAUCAUUAAAUUUAAAUGUUUUUAGAUUUUGCUCUAAUACAUAUAAAAACUCAACAAAUGAUGUAUUGGAUAUAGAAGUUGAUAUGGAAAAUUUACCUUAUUGGUUUGAUCCAGGUACACUACAACCAAAGGGUAAAAGUAAAAAGAAUCAAGUAGUAUCUGAUACUACACAUAUCUUGAAUGAUCCAAGUCAACCACCACCAUCAACUAUUUCCCCAACUAAAAAAACAACAACAUCAUCAUCAUCAACAACAACAGCAACGACGAUAGAUUCAACAACCAUUGAUAAAACCAAAGAUACAGAAAAUGAAAAGAAAAAGACAAAAGAUCAAAAUAAUAGUAAUCAAAAUAAUAGUAAUAAUGAUAGUAGUAGUAGUAGUAGUAAUAACAUAAAGCCAAUAUUUAAUAUUUCCGAAAAUAUUAGGUUAAUGGUUGAUGCAGCAAAAAGACAAAGAGAAAAUACAAUGAAUCAAAUCUAUAGUCAAACGAGUCAGGCAUCUCUAUCUAAAUAUCAAUCAAAUCCUUCUCAUUCUCCUCCUCCUCGCACCCCUUUAACUGUUGUAAAUAAUAAUAAUGGUAAUAAUAACCAAAAGAAUAAUUCUACUUCACCCAUUUCAAGCACUCCAAAUGAUAAUGGUGGAAAACCAAAUGUUAACACGAAAGUUCAAGCAUAUGUGAAUGAAAUAAGGCAGACGUUACAUGACGCAGAACCGAACGCAGACGUUGGUUUAGUUCUCCACGAGUUUGCGAUCUCUCGUAGUGUCGACCUCAAAUCAACUGGUAAGGGAAUAACCCCAAUAGUUUACCGGUUCGAUCUCAAUGGUAACUGGCGAAUGGCCAUUACUGUGUCAAACAUUAGAAUAAGACAAGUAGUGGUCUAUUAUGUCUUUCAAAGCGAUCAUAAUAAUCAAGACCCACAUUAUAGAACCCUCAUCAACGAGGCCCAAAAUGGUCGUUUUGAAUUCCCAAACACGGUGGUGACACAAGGUUUCGAAGCUUUGCCAAAAACCAAUAGUAGCAGCAUUAGUCAUAGUAGCAAUGUUGUAAUAACAAAUAGACAUAGAUAUCAAAAUGGAAUAAGGUUAAAUCAAGAUGACCGUGAUGAUGAUCAUCAAAAUAACAAUAUAAAUCAUAUUAAACAACUUUCAAAAAAUGUGAAUGAAUCAUCGUCAUCAUCAGAUGACAACCAAGAAACAUACUUUUUAAUCUAUUCAUUGAUUGAAAGAGUAAUUGGAUACAAACAACUACCAUUCAUAAAGUUGGAAUUGGCCAAUACUAGUAGUAGUGGUGUAGGAGGUGAAUACUUUUACUUGUUGACUCGUACACUUGACAAUGUUACCUAUAUCUAUCUGCAAGCAAAUAAUGCAGUCAACCUAGCACAAGCAUUCAACUAUUACCUAAAGUAUUAUGCAAUGUGUGUGUAUACUUGGACGGGUGACCAAUGUAAUUUGGGUGAUGGCAGAUCAUUGCCUGAAAUGCCUGUACCUGUAACCAUCCCAAUCGCAAGUGACCUACGAUACUAUAUGAAUGUAGUGACAUUUGGGUACAGCACAGUAUGGUGGGAUUGGGAGAGAUGGCAACGUGAAAUCGAUUGGAUGGCUCUGAAUGGAUACAACCUACCGCUGGCAUUUGUCGGUCAAGAGUAUGUGUGGUUUGCAGUCUACUCGGAAUUGGGUGUGUCACCCAAAGACAUUGAAUCGUUUUUCAGUGGUGGUGCAUUCCUGCCUUGGAAUAGAAUGGGUAAUGUGAAUGGCUGGGGUGGACCGUUGGACUAUGACUUUAUCGCCGGUCAACAUGAUCUGCAGCAACAGAUACUCGAGAGAAUGCGUCAGUAUGGGAUGAAGCCUGUGUUGCCUGGGUUUGCGGGUCAUGUCCCUCGUGCAUUCAUGUCGUUGUUUCCAACUGCCAAUAUCACACAGUUGGGAGACUGGCGUGCAUUCAACGGUACCUAUUACCUUGAUCCAUCCGACCCACUCUUUGCCAAUGUUUCACAGACAUUUGUAAAAGUGCAGACCGCCAUCUACGGCACCGACCACUACUACUCGUUUGAUCCAUUCAACGAGAUCACGCCACCCAGCAGCGACGCUGGAUACCUCCAAAACAGCUCGUCGUCCAUGUACAAUGCACUCGCAUAUGCUGAUCCGCAGGCAGUGUGGGUGUUGCAGGCGUGGUUCUUUAUCAGCGACGCUUGGUUCUGGCAGCCACCCCAGGUCAAGGCGUUCCUCGGCGGUGUCCCCAUUGGUCAUCUCCUGGUACUCGACACAUGGGCCGAAGAGUCGCCUGCAUGGACUGUCACUGACCAAUUCAACGGACACGACUGGAUCUGGUGCAUGCUACACAAUUUUGGCGGACGUACGGGCAUGUACGGCAAAAUACCUAGGAUCACAGCCGGUCCCAUCGACGCGCGAAAACAGUCACCUGGGAUGAAGGGGACUGGUCUGACACCAGAAGCAAUCGAACAGAAUUAUAUAAUGUACGAUUUGAUGAGUGAGAUGUCGUGGCGUACAACUGCACCCAACAUGACCGAGUGGAUCAACCAAUACACUCAACGUCGAUACGGUGUGUUUGUACCAGAGUUGGCACAAGCAUGGAAUUCUCUAGCAUCGACAGUCUACAAUGCACCCGAUAGCAUUGACAAGAAUCCAUCGAGUUUUGUUGGUAUCCGACCUGAACUCAAUAUGACCAAUAAUAUUUAUUACGACUCUUCAAUCAUCCAAAAGGCAUGGCAACUCUAUUUAUCAGUGACCGACGAGUAUGUUUUAUCAACAUCAACCUACUCAUUUGAUAUUGCAGAGAUUACAAUUCAAGCACUCAGUAACCUAUUCAUAGAGACUGAGAUUGCAAUGUACGAUGCUUACAAAACUGGUAAAGGUACAGAGUUUGAUGAACAUGCUAUGAACUGUCUCAAUAUAAUCACUGAUAUGGAUAUGAUUGCGUCAACACAACAAUUGUUAUUGGUUGGCACUUGGACUGCCAAUGCUAGACAAUGGGCAAAUUAUAAUCUAUCAAGAAACAAAGAUGAAGAUAGAAAUACAGAUAAAGAACAAAUGACAAUAGAACAAUACGAAUUUAAUGCAAGAAAUCAAAUAACAUUGUGGGGACCUUCCAAUUCAACGCUUCACGACUAUGCCUAUCAUCUUUGGAGUGGAUUAUUAAAUGAUUUCUAUCUUGCAAGAUGGUCAUUAUUUAUUAAAUACCUCGAUUCUUCAUUGUCAUCAAGCAGUACAAAUGAUGCAGGUACAGGAUUCAAAAAUCAAGAAUACAUCAAUGAUAUUGAAUCACUUGAAGAAUCAUGGAAUCUCCAAACCUAUCAAUAUCCAACUCGACCAACUGGAAAUGCUUAUCAAUUAUCUAAAUUUAUAAAUAAUCAACCAAUAAUACCAAAAAUUAAAUAA